AUGUCGAUGACAACUAUGCAGAAGGUUACUCUGAUUUCCUGCUCUGUCCUCUGUGUUUCGUUAUUCCUUCCCAAAAUGCUUUUACCGAGAGGGAAGAAGGAUGUAGGGCAGCCCGAGGGUAAGGCAGCUUAUCACUGAUCCGUUCUGUUGUUGAUGUGCAGCUCGGCUUUGAUGCUUGGAAGAUAAUGCCAUAUUUUACAUAUCGUUCUAGCCAUCUACAAACCUGCCAGCAAAGCUAGAUAAUGUAUAAUACAUAACUGCAUUUAAAUAUCGAAUACUGCAUUUCAUAUAAGUCUUACUUUUUACCAAUAGCCUACCACUGUAAGUUAUAACCUACAAUAUUGUCAUCAUCAUCAGGUUGUAUGCAUCUAUUUAGUCUAGGAGGUUAUCCUCUGCGCUAUGUUCUGCUCCCCAUUGCCCUUGCCAGUUUUGUGAACUCCUACACCACUCAAAUAAAGUCAAUAAAGUCAUUGUAAUUUGUCAUGGUUUUUUUUCUUUUUCUUCCUGUUCUUCAUUGUGACCAUCUCUCUCCAUAAAUAUUAUACUGUAUCUUUCACCCGUUAUAUCUGUCAGAGGGGGCCUGUGCUGUGCUGUGCUGUGUUCAGUGCUGUGUUGUGUUCAGUGCUGUGUUCAGUAAACUGUAAGUUGAUUAACCCGUCAUUCAUAUCAAACAUCUAUACUGGGCAAUAUUCCACUUGAAUACCAUUGAAUGCUGCAGGCUUCUUCCCAGUGUGUUGAUCAGUGCUCUCUGCUCUCAUUCCUAGUUGGUCCUGGGUAUUAUCCUCCCAUGAUGCAUCGCCUACAGAUGCCAGAGGAGGGCCUUGGACAGUGGAUGGAGGGGACUCAUGACUCUGGGCCCCACAGCCCUGAGGUCCUGGCUAAAGUCAAAGGCAUGGGCACACUUCAGAUCCGAGGAGCCACUAAAUCCAAUCUGAUCAGCCAGGUCAUUCCCAUCUAUGGAUUUGGAAUCCUACUCUACAUCCUCUUCAUCAUAUUCAAGGUAAGCUACACUACGUCCAUCCACCCUAGACUGGCUCAGUCAAAUGGAUAGGAAAACGAUUUAGAGGGGGUGUUAUCAUACAUGCAGGCAGGAAUGUAGAAGAUGUAGGCUUUAUUACAGUUUUUAACAGCAUCCAUGUAAUACCUGUACUGGCUAGUAGUCCAGUGCAUCCAGUAAUUGCAUUAUUGUAUUCACAGAUGACAACUAGGCCUAAAGGAAAAAGUACUAAACCGGUAUGCCGAUUUCCUACAAUGUCAUCUGAAGCUUGGCAGAAGAAGAGGAGUAAGUAGACAGCAUCACAUCAUUAAUACCUAAGCCAUUGUGAAUGACACGAUUAUGUAUAUGAUGUGCCUUUUAUCUCAUAGCGCAGUUGAAAAGAGUCCCACGCACCUGACCUCCCUAACACACACCAUUUAGGUCCUAUAGUCUGUGAUGACUCACCCUGAUGAAAGACUAAUGCAGGAUAUAGCACACCCUGCGAGGAGAAAUGUGUCAUCUGACAAAUGAGUUCCUCUCUAACAGUCACCUCUUUCAUGACUUUGAGGGCUUAUUUUCAAUCAACUUCCUUCUUGUUUCAUUGUUUUGAUCAUCCCACUUGUCAGGGCUCCUGCAGAAUGUAUCAGUAGCUCCAAUUUAAGCAACUCCAUGAUAAGGUAGAUUAGGAUCCUGUCCAAUUCGCAGGGAGCUUUGUUCCCUGCCUUUGUUAGACCUGGAUUAGCAAUCAUAAGUAAUGUUUUUUCAGCCCAGCAGGGUCUAAUACCAAUUAACUGCAUGUCUUUUGGAUCAGCACUAAGAGGUUUAGUUCCAUUCAUCAAAUGGAUGCCAAGGGGGUAGGGGUGGGGACAAUUUGACAGGGACAAGCAUAGAAAUCUAUACAUGUCCUAUGUGUCAAUGCCACUCUCACCUUCCAAAAUUAGGAAACAUUGAGUCACAAUAGUUGAUUCAAAAGAAUCCUGAGUAUUGAUCGUGUAGUACUGAAAGAGCAGAGUGAAUGUUGAAUCUCAAGGCUUUCUGCAACAUUGGAAAGCAACCCUUGUUUCCCUCCCAGCAGAUGAUGAGCUGGCCCAGCUUCAAGAGAAGCUGCUGGAGACAGAGAAGGUGAUGGAGAGGAUCGUCUCCAGAAGGAGCAGCACUCCUGACAGGUAAACGGCCCAUAUUUCCAUUUACACACUACUUCUCAGUUCAAAGAAGAGCCAAAGAAAUGACGCCAUUUCAGGGAUAUGUGGAUGCCACAUAAAAAUGAAAGGGCAAAUUCUUUGAUUAACUUUCCCACCUUCAGGCAUUCCUUUGCUCAUGUGCCAUUUCAGUUUUUUGGGCAGAUCCAACCAUUAAAACAUGACAAUCUUUAUUGGUUCGCACCUUACCCACCAUGCAAGUGUAAAUUUUGUACUUCAUGAAGAUUGUACUUCAUUGUAGAUUUGUUGCAACUUGAAGGAAAGCAUGUACAUUUAAAAGCCUCCUGUAUUAUACAGAGAUUGGGGCCACAGAUAACUAACAAUAUUCACUCUGAUCUUGCUUAAUAAGGGGUAUAUUAGAUCAAUAACAGUCAAUUAGUGGUUCUCAGCUGUUAACUUCCCAUUUUUCACCUCUGCACAAUAACUUCUUAAUAUUGCUCAUCCUAGAGGCAGUGUUUAGCUAUUCCAUUAAAAUGUGUUUGUGACUUAACAUUUGUAAUCUGUGAAAGUGUUGCAGGAAGGCAUAAAAGGUUAUCAUGAGCAAAGUGGAAAUGAAUAAUCUCCAGGCUAUAGAUAAAGAUUGAUCAGAUUGGAAGCACUGUGGUAUGAAUGGGAGAAGAACCACAUUGGUAUUGAGGCCCAUUUCCCCCCCCUCCUCUCUGCUGCUCUCUGGUGGCAUGCAGCAGGACUAGCAGCAAGGUUAGAAGAGCAUCCAAGCAGGAGGAGAAGUUACUACGGAAGCUGAGUAAGAUCAGCCGGGUGAUGCAGGAGGUACGACUGAUGGAGGGGGCCACACCUGAGAUGGAGGCUGAGAUGGUGCCCUACGCUGCUGACUGGGAGGGUAGGUUAACACAACAGGCUCCUCUCUGUCACUCACCACACAGACAAUAACAACAUUCACAUGACGCUUUGAGUACUAUUUACUAUUUUCUUCUGUAGAAUUAUGACAGAGGUUAAGUGGAAAAGGUAAGUUAGCAAAAACGUUGGACUGUCUGAGACAGUUGAUAUUCUGAUUGUCCCCUCUGGUAGUGUGUGUCCCUGUCAUUCCAUGUUUGUGUGUAUCUCUCCAGGCUACCCUGAGGAGACCUACCCCCGGUAUGAGGAGCCCGGUGGCAGGCGCAGUGGCAAUUAUGAUCCCAUCACCAUCCUGGAGGAGCCUGCUGCUGACUCAGAGAUACUCACUGCUGAGGCCCUGGCUGAGGAGGUGGUGGAUGAGGAGGAGGAGGUAGAAGAAGAGGAGGCGGAGGAGGAGGAGGAGCAGCAGCUCUGUCUGCCCCCACCUCCUGAAGGAGGAAUUGAAGAAAAGGGUAGUAGUCCCAGCAGAGUAAAAAAGCAAAUCAGAUUCAGCGACCACAAAGAUGUGUUUCACUACCCUAAGCAGGAUACGGUCUAUGAAUAUAGGUAUGAAGAGGUGAAAGAGGAGGAAGAAGAGGAGGAGGAGGAAGAAGAGGAGGAGGAGGAGGAAGUAGAGGAGAUGGAGGAGGAGGAGGAGGAAGAAGAAGAGGAGGAGCAAGUGGAUGAGACAGAGGAAGAGGAAGUAGUAGGUGAUGAAGAAGACCCACUGAUGGAGGCCGAGGCUCUCAGUUUUAGUUGUGACGUCUGUAGUAAUCCAGAAGCAGAAGAAGAGAUGGAAGAAGAAGAGUACCUUCUACUGUCUCAGUCUGAAGAGACAGAUAGCUUCACCCCACCAGAUAUGGCUGGGGAGCUGGGGAUGGGGAGUUUUCUCAGGAUGAGGAACAGGAGAGAGACAUAG